GGUUGAUUUACAAUACACAAACCGACCAAGAAGUGAAAAUAAAGAAAAUAUGAAAAUAGUUUAAAAAUGGCAAAAAUGGCUGACAUAAUAGUUUUAAUUAUUGUAUUUUGGAUAUACAUUUAUAAAGGAGCUGCAUUUAUAACGCCAUAUAAAACAACUUGGGUAAAUGCAAUUAGCAAUUGCACAAUUGAAACGCCUACAAUCAUGUUCAAAGGAACAGAGACAGAUUUAUCAGUAGCCGUGAAUGCUUCUAUUAUUGGAAACAAAGAUGUGUGGGUAGGAUACUAUUUAGCAGCAACAGCCUUCCAUUAUGUUGGUUGUAUAAAAAGGGGAAAUAUGGCUGCAACAGCUGAGUUUAAGUACAACACUCCAGGGUUGUGUUACUCUGCAUGCAACAUGACAUAUAUAAUAGGUGUCAGCGUGUCAAAAUGCUACUGCUUUAACAACACUAUUCCACCAAACAGGACCUAUCAGUUAUGUACUCAGGGUUGUCAAAAGCAAAUGAAUAUUGCUUGCGGAGGCAACAAUUACAUUUCAAUUUACACUCCUGACUCGAACGCAAACCGUUUUAGUGGAAGUGGGAGGUGUCUUCAAUAUGAGUUAAAGCAUAAUACGUCCACAUUGAUGUGGGCUGACUGCGCAUCAAGAAAUCAGAUCAUAUGUAGAUUUAAUGAUACUAUUCAUGAAAUAUAUGAUGAUGAUGAUGAUGAUAAUAUAAAAGCGAGAUGGUGGAGGCCAUCUAUGAACGAAUGCUUUAAAUUGUCGAAAUUACCAACAUCAGUCAAAGACCUGGAAAAAUUUGAAAGAAAAUCUAACCGUGGGAAAUCAUGGACUGGUGUCAUUUCAAGUGACGUUAUAUACAUAAGUGACCAUGGAGCUACCAAAAUAACCAAGAAAAUGUUUGGCUACCUUAAAAUAAACAAGGCAAAAGAAACUGUAUUAACAUUUGAUAAAGACAGCACACGCCAAAGAUACACCCUUUGUCAAGAUGAUAAAACAACACAAACAGUCACUUUUAAAACAACAAGUGAAAAACUAAUAUCAAUGACAAGUAAUAAACAAACUACAGAAUCACCAACACGUCCAGAUGAUGAUCAAUCUAGUCCUAUUACAAAUCAUAAUUCGCUAAAAACUACGACAUCAGGUAAAAUUAUACAGUCACAAACAGACCAAGCAAGUUCAACAAAAGCCUCAGAUAUUGGCAUCGCUGUUGGUGUUUCAGUUGCCACUCUCAUAAUCGUUGUUAUUGUCCUUGUAGGAGUUAUUCUUACAAGAAGGUAACACUUUUGAUAAAUCUUAAUUUCAUGUUUGAUAUUACGCA